AUGAACGACUCUCCUAGUUCCUCCUCCGAUUCCGCUUCCAAGGCUGCCAUCGAUCAGACUGUAGGGAGGAGUCGAAGAAGUGGAAGUGGUGAUCAAACGCUGGCGACCGAUAUACCUCGCCAUUGGCAUGAUAUUUUUUGGUUAGGAGUAUUUUUAUUUCAUCUGAUGGGAUUAGCACUUGCUCUUGCAGUUCUCGGGCUCAAUAGGUUUAAGAAAUCGGAUAGGUUUAAUUUUGAUAGAUACACUAGUAACACGACUGGUACCGUGGAGAAGAGUCAUGGACUUACGGAGGAUUAUUGGCCAAUGUAUGGUCUUGGUGGUGGAGUUGGGACUGUACUUGGGUCGGCUUGGUUGUUGUUGCUUGGUUCUCAGGCGAAUCAUAUGAUGAAGAUCUCGGUGCAUAUUUUGACCACUUAUCUUGCUGUGGUUAGUGUUUUGUGUUUCUGGAGCGAGCAGUUUUUUUGGGGUGUCACGUUUGCAAUUGGUGCUGCUUUGCAAUUUUUGUAUGUCAUAUCUGUUAUAGACAGACUCCCAUUUACCAUGCUGGUGCUUCGAAAAGCUGUGAAAAUGGUAUGGAGCCUUCCUGAAGUUAUGAGAGUUUCCUAUGCGUUCAUGCUAGUCAUGCUUUUGUGGAUGGGAUUGUGGUCUUUUGGAGCAGCGGGUGUUGUGGCUUCAAACAUCAAUCUCAAUGGACGCUGGUGGCUUCUUGUGGUUCUGUCACUAAGCUUAUUUUGGACGGGUGCAGUCCUUUGUAAUACUGUGCAUGUUAUAGUGUCUGGGAUGGUGUUCCUUGUUCUUAUUCAUGGAGGCCGAGAAGCAGCAUCUAUGCCUUCCAACCCUUUGAUGAAGUCUCUGAGGUAUUCUGUGACGAAAUCUUUUGGCAGCGUUUGCUAUGGAUCACUCUUCACCGCUGCAAUUAGGACACUCCGGUGGGAGAUCAGGGGAUUGCGGUCAAAGAUAGGCAAGAAUGAAUGCUUGCUUUGCUGUGUUGAUUUUCUAUUUCAUCUUGUGGAGACUCUUGUCCGCUUUUUCAACAAGUAUGCGUAUGUCCAGAUAGCUGUUCAUGGGAAAAGUUUUAACCGUUCGGCAAGGGAUGCCUGGGAAUUAUUUCAAUCAACUGGAGUUGAAGCACUUGUCGCCUAUGAUUGUUCAGGUGCAGUUCUAUUGAUGGUAACGCUUUUGGGUGGGCUCAUCACAGGAACUUGCUCAGGUGUUUGGACUCAUAUUAAAUGGGAAGAUGAUAGAGUGACCAUGGUGGGAUCCACUGCAAUGUUGAUGGGAAUGGUCUUGGUUGGACUGGCUAUGGUGGUAGUUGAAAGUGCUGUUACAUCCAUAUAUAUCUGUUACGCAGAAGAUCCCUUGUUAAUACAUAGAUGGGAUGCUGAAUUCUUCAACCAAUUGUCCGAGGCACUACACCAGCGUCUUCAACAUAGAAGUGCCCGGGCAAGGGAAGUACUGACCCACAAUCGAUUCAAUGUUGGCAUACAGGAAAAUGGCUCUAUCUGA